GGCAUGGUCACGUGGUCGUGGUGUAAACAGUGAGGCUUGAAGACUACUACCCGCAUUUUGAGGCACACAUGGAAGAUGGAAGCAGAAACAGCAACUGAGGUGGUCGAUCCAAAGUCCGGUCGCUGCUACCAGUGUUUCCGCGUUAGCAUUGUCCUGGCAGGGGUGGUCUUCCUUGUCGCUUCGGCGCUCGCUUCCGGUGUCAUGCUCAGCUCUCACCUUACCUCCGCCACCACCGUUUCGACGACACCAGUUACAAUCGCUCCUCGGGCGAACCUGUGCAGCAGCAGAUCUUGCCACAAGCUAGCCACCAUCUUGUCCAGGUCUUACGACGAACAUCGUGACCCGUGUCUCAGUUUCGACGACUUUGUCUGCUCCAAGUCUGCAGGAAGUUUCAUGAAAGACUAUGAGGAGAACCAAUACAGGAUGGCCGCUGACGCUCUGAGUGAAAUACGAUCGGGAGAACACACGCCGGUGGAGAAGAUCGCGCGCUUCUUUCAAGAAUGCAUCGUCAGUAAGGCUCCAGACAGGCAACUGUUCCACAAGUUCCUCCUUGAUAACCACCUAGGUCUGGCACCCAAGCAAAAUCCCGUGGGCAUCAUGCUGCAACUGGCAGUCAAGUACGGGUACGGUAUCUUAUUCGAUCUUACCGCGAGACCAUGCUCGAACGGAACCGUACUGCUGUCCUUCGAACCGCAGCAAGACUUAACGGCUUGGGCUCAGGGCGCGAAGCAGGUCAAGUCCAGGAUGUCGCGGCUGCAAUAUAUCGUACGCCACUUAAGCUUCCUUCAAAAUAAUCACCAUGGCGAUAGAGAAGACCACAUACUUACGACGGAAACGAUCGUACACAGGCUCCUGUUUUCCGCCGUGCAUGUCGCUCAAAGUCCCAAUAAAUACUUGUCUCUGGACGAACUGGACGCUACCUCAAAGUUCGUCAAGUCGGAGAUGCUGCUUGAAUUCCUCAGAGCAGAUUCCCGCUUUCCAGCAGAUACAACCUACCACGUGUCCUCCAAAAGCGCUCCCGUGUUGUAUUUUGUCAACGACGUGCUCAACAGGGUGAAGCAGGAACAUCUCGGACCUUACCUGACGUGGGAGGCCUCGCGUCACCUGGGACCUCUGGUCAGCGAACUCUUUCGAGUGCCCGUCGUGUACAGGAAACACUACACAUCAAUGGCGACGAGAGAAGUCAUCGGCUGCUUCACUCUUGUGCACGACCUCGCAGGCACUUUAGCGUUUGCCCCGCUUGUCAGCAGGUACAUGAACGGCACAGCUUCGGCUAUGCUUGAAGAAAUGUUCAAAAUAAUUCGUCGCUCGUACGUCAAGAACGUCAGGAACGCCACCUGGAUCGCAAACGGGACCAAGGCGUCGCUCUUGACCAAGCUGGAACACGCGCGACUUAGCUUGGGCAGCCUCGAAUACGAUCCACUCCUCAUCAACAAAAACAGCGUCUACAACGAGCUUCCGCUGCUGAGAGGUUCCUUCUUCGAGAACUACCUCGCGUUGAGCGCAUGGCGCAUGAAGAACGGUUGGGCAACGGAAGACACUACAAACCGUGUGCAUCAUACUGGGGCAGAGGACAACGCUACCGUGUCCUUGCCCUCUGUGUGGACAUUACCGCCACUAUUUUACACUGACGGCUCCCUGGCCGCCAAUUACGCCCUAAUUGGUUCAUUGGUAGCCUCGCAGUUCAUUAAAAUCUUGGACAUAGAGCACUCGGAGCACGGCCAGCUCUCGAACCAAACGGAAUGUCUGAAGAACUUCUACCACGAGCCCAGCGGUUCGGUGAUCCUCAAAAUUCCCAGGACUGUAAAUGAUAUCAUGAAGAUAAAGCCUCUCUACGAAGCAUUCAUCGAAGCGUCUUCCAUUAAUAACGCGUCCACGACUUCCCUGCCAGUGGUGCCUACCUAUUCCACUCCUCAGACUUUCUUCCAGGUGAUGUGCUUGCGAUUCUGCCCUUACCAAACGUGGGUCCACAAAGCACCUCACUCGCUCAGCUGCAAUGUCCCUAUGAUGAACGUGAAAGAAUUUGCGGACGCCUACCGCUGUCCUCAACACUCUCCCAUGAACCCGGAGAAACGCUGUCCGAUUUGGACCAGCUGAUGUUCGUUAUUAAACGUGACUCUUACGCAAUA